UCAGUUUGACAUUUGACCGAACGCAGGAAGUUGAAAUAAACAUGUCGAAAAAUAAUACAAUUGAUGCUAGACAAGAACUAGCAGAAUUAGUAAAAAGAAAAUCAGAGAUUGGUGAAACUUUAGCGAAUUUAGAAAAACAAAUAUAUGCAUUUGAAGGGUCCUACUUAGAGGACACACAGCUUUAUGGUAAUAUUAUUAGAGGGUGGGACAGGUAUUUAUCGAGUAACAAGACGACUAACUCCAAGGCUGAUAAAAGAAACAGAAAAUUUAAAGAAGCAGAACGACUUUUUUCAAAAUCAUCUAUAACUUCUAUGGCUGCUGUGAGUGGAAUAGUCGAUCAGAAUCCUGAAAAAAUUGACAGACAAAGUGAAUCAGAAUCUCCAACUAAUGAAGAUUCUAGUGACACAAAUAUUGGUAUUAUUAGUAAUCACAUUGACUCAGGAGUAAAAACAGCUGGAAAACAGCAUGCAAAUGCAAAUUCUUUUACAAAUGGAACUCAAAAUGGUAUAGAUCGAGGUAGUCCCAUUCCUGAUCUUUCUGCGAAACAGAAAAACUUUGUGUCCAAUGCGAAGAAAAAUAAUAACAAAAAAGCUAGGCAUAGGUAACAAAAUGAGUUUUUAAAUAAAAUAAUUUAACGUUCAGUAUUUUAUAAUGUAAUUCACUGGAAAUAAUCUUCGUAAGUUUUAUACAAAUUAUUUUGUGACUAUCUCUAUUAUUGAAAUAGAUUAUGGAAAUGUACAAAAUGUGAUCUAUUUAAUUUAGUUAGCUUAUUUAAAGUACAAUAAAAUUAAGUUACUGUAUUAUUAUUUAUUUGUGUCCUUUAAUAUACUUUAAAUAAAAAAUUGGGGCGGGUAUUAAAAAAUGUUUAAUAUUUAAUUACUUGUAAAAUUAAGCAAACGUGAACUGUUCUUAUAAUUGUAUUAUAAAAAUUGUAUGAAAGAUAUUUAAAAAUAUAUUACAUUUUAUUUACACUAUAGUAUAUAGUUUUGU